AUGUCUCUCUCUACUGAAAAUUCCACGCUAAACUCCAAACCUUCUGUCGCCACUGGUGCAACAACAGCAAGUACCACACCAGGCACACCCGAUACUACCAAAACUAAUGACCUCGAAACUAAAGCCGCCCCUCGAAGAGAGUGGUCCAACAAGCUGGACUACAUGAUGUCCUGCAUUGGCUUCGCCGUCGGCCUGGGCAACAUCUGGCGCUUCCCCUAUCUCUGCUACAAGAACGGCGGCGGCGCAUUUCUCAUUCCCUACCUCAUCUGUCUGGUCUUCACCGGCGUGCCCGUCUACUUGCUUGAAUCGGCCCUUGGCCAGCUGCUCGGCAGGGGUUUCAUCACCAUCUGGACAAUAUGUCCGGUGCUGAAGGGGGUCGGCUACAGCUCGCUGAUUCUCGUCUUCUGGCUCAAUGCCUACUACAUCGUCAUCAUCGCCUGGUCCGCCUACUACCUCCUGCGCUCCUUCACCAUCGGCGACCUGCCCUGGGCGACCUGCAGCAACGCCUGGAACACUGCCCACUGUAAGAUGGAGGGCAACUUUGUGGCCUCUUGUCUGGAGCUGCUGCAGAUUAAGAGCAGUACAGUAGCUCAAAAUGGCAGCAGCACUGUAAAGCUUACCGCCCAUCAGCUAGCCAUCUGCCGGAACCACACGCAGGAGUUUGCCAGCAGCAAUCCGGUGAAGGAGUUCUGGAAUCGGCACGUCAUCCAGACGACGCCGGGCAUUGACACCUCUGGCGGCGUCAUCUGGUACCUCUGGGCGUCACUGGCCCUCAUGUGGCUGCUCUGCUACUGGGCAAUGUACAGGGGCAUCAAAACGACGGGGAAGAUACUGUACGUCACCGCUCUCUUCCCCUACUUCUGCCUGACGGUACUGUUCAUCCGCGGCAUCACCCUCGAAGGCGCCCUCACUGGCAUCGUAUACUACCUGAAACCGGACCUAGGGCGCCUGUUGGAUCCCACCGUUUGGAUUGACGCCGCCACGCAGGUCUUCUUCUCGCAGGGGCUGGGCGUCGGCGCCUGGCCGGCCCUCUCAAGCUACAACAGUUUCAGCAAUGACGUCCUCUGGGACACGGUCAUUGUCUCAGUUAUAAACGCCCUGACCGCCUUCUUCAGCGGCUUCAUCGUCUUCAGCAUCAUCGGCUUCAUGUCUCAGCAGGCGGGCGUCGAU